CGUCUCUUACAUCUCACACCUCUCACACCUCCCUUUGCCAUUUCCCCUCUGCUAUCUUGGUCGAAUAUCUCACAGAAAGCUAUUGCUUCAAUCUAAUUCACAAUGCCUUUCACUGCUUCUGAUAUCUGCAAGCUCAUCUUCGCCUUCAUCCUUCCUCCUCUAGGUGUUUUCCUUGAGCGAGGAUGCGGUGCCGAUCUCCUCAUUAACAUCUGUUUGACAAUUCUGGGCUGGCUUCCCGGUAUCAUCCACGCGAUGUACGUGUAUUCCUUUGCGCAAAUCGCAGCUAUCAGGCUUGGCUUACUAACUAUACUCCCAACAGCUACAUUAUAUUCAAGCACUAAACCACCUAAUAAUUGUCGCUGGAUCUUCAACCUCUUUCGCUACGUUGCGUUCUAUCGUCGCAAUCAAGCUCAACAGGUGAUUUCUAUCUGGUCCGCGUGCUUCCGUGGAGCUCCGGGCGAAAGGGCGAGGCUAGAGCAUCCCCGGCGCUUAGCGUGCCACCUCUAA